UCUGGAGUUUAUCUGAAGGUUCAACUUUGUCCUAGAACAGAGAACACAUUCAGGAACACAACUGUUCAGAGGACGGCAUCACGCUGACAUACUCUGUUUUUCUCUCUGGAUUUUAAUUCUUUUCUUCUGUUUGCUUGUAUUUUUAUGGUGAUUCUGGUGCCUGAAACAUGGCACUUGUAUCAGACAAGGGUUAUCCUGGGAUUGAACUGUUAGACUUGCUCCUCGGGCCCCAAAAGAUCACUCAUAUGGAGAGUAACGGAGACCACGGCAACCCCGCGUGGUCAAUCACAGAUCAAAGUAUUCUCUGUCAUGGUGAAGGUGUUGUUGAUAACUUCCUGGACUCCCUGUUGCAAGCAUCAGAUGGUGUGUCGCAGCCCGGCUCUCCUCUCUGGGUCCCCUCACCAUCUGACAGCGGAAUCAGUGACGACACCCCAUCUGACCACCUGGACAGCCCGCCGCCGCCCACCAGCCCGCUUUUCGACUCCAUCUUCCUCCCUCAGCAUCCUCAUCUUCUCCCUCAGCAUCUUCAGCAGCACGACGCUCCUGUCGCAAACACAGAGCCUGAUAUCUCCAUUGAUCUGGCAGAUUGGGAGGCCUGCCUGUUCUCCGACGGUCUGACAGACUCUCAGUGCACGUCAGCAGUGCCGAGAACUCAACCAGCCACCGCUUACCAGCUCACCGUAAAAGACCUGCUGCUCUCCAACAUCGGAGAAGCGUCGAAACCCUCCGCCCAGCAGUCACAGCAAGAACUGAUUCUCAAUGAAGAUGAGAAGAAACUUUUAGCCAAGGAAGGAGUCAGUCUUCCCAACCAACUGCCACUGAACAAGUACGAAGAAAAGAUUUUGAAGAAGAUUCGGAGGAAAAUCCGCAACAAGCAGUCGGCGCAGGAGAGCCGCAAGAAAAAGAAGGAAUAUAUAGAUGGACUGGAGGGCAGGAUGGCUGCCUGCAGCACUCAGAAUCUGGAAUUACAGAGGAAAGUCCACCAGCUGGAGAAGACCAACACGUCUCUGAUGGAGCAGUUACGCCGGCUGCAGUCUCUGGUGAUGAACGGCUCCAGUAAACCGGCUCAGACAGGAACCUGCAUCCUGGUGCUAGUCAUCUCGUUCUCUCUCAUUCUCAUCCCGAGCCUCCAGCCCAUCUCACACAGGAGAGCCGCUGACCCCGGGGACUUUAGCAUUGCGAAAGUUCAGUCCAGGUCACUGCGCUCGGUGAUGGAGGUCUACAGCAUCCAGCCUGGCUACUCGGUCAACACGGAUUCAGACGUGUCCUCGUCCCCUAACGGCAAGCUUCAGCUCAGGCCCGAGUAUGCCGACAUGGACCCUCUACAUCACAACCACAGCUAUAGAGAUGGCGAGCACCACCACAGAGAUCCCAUCACGGGCCACGCCGCCACACUGAGGUGGAUAACGCAUCAUGAGAAGGACAGGAAGUGAUGUCACAGAGUGACACACUCGACCAAGGUGUCACAACUCAUUCCGGCCACAGACAGGAAAGUGACUGACAUGUAAAGCAACCAAUCGCUGAUUGUUUUGCUUGUACGAGGCAGCGAGUUGUGGAUUUGUCCGAAUAGAUUAUACUGCGAUAAUAGACUGGAAUGAAAAAAUAAUUGACGCAGCAGCCUUCAGUAUGCAAAAAGUUACAAAAAAUUGUGUAAAAUGUACAUAUUUCACAGACGCUUUAGUUUGCUUGUGAAUAGCGUAUUUUAAAUCAAACUCAGUGUAUCAUACUAAGAUUUCAAACAACUAACCUGGCAAACCUAGUUACUAUUUCAUUCACAUGCAUAAACAUUUGACUACAGCAUUGCAACUAAUUCCACCCAAAAAGCACUCACAGACAGGAAGUGACAUCUUCAAGCAUUCAUUGCAUCAACAUUUGUAAACAUUUGUAAUGAUGCAGCAGCAUGCAAAAUGUACAGAAAACACAAAAAAUAGUGUAAUAUAUUGCAAAAAAAAAAAAAAAAAAAAAAAAAAAAUGAAGCUCGUUCAGAAGCAUUCAUUGCAUCAACAUUUGUAAACAUUUCACUACAGCAUUGCAACUAAUUCCACCCAAAAAUUGCCCCCAGACAGGAAGCGACCAUUUAAUUGACAUGCAAAGCAAACAACCAGUUUGUUUUGAUUUACUUGGCAUUUCAGUGCUGGUUUAUUUAAUUAUACCACCUUAAUAGACUGGAAUUAAAAAUGAAUAAUGCAAAUAAUGUUGCAGAAGCAUACAAAAAGUUGCACAGAAAACACAGAAAAUUAGUGGAAAAAUGUUGCCAAAAUGCAUUUUAACAGACUGGAAUUGAACCACCAUAACAGACUGGAAUUGAAAAGAAAAUAAAGCAAAUAAUGAUGCAAAAGCAUGCAAAAAGUUAUACAAAAAACACAAAAAAUGAGUACAAUUUUGCAAAAAACACUUUAAUUUACCUGUGAAUAAUGCACCUUAAAACUCAGAGUAUUAUACAAAGAUAUUACGCAACUAACCUGGCUAACUUUGACAGAUCUAGUGACUAUUUCAUUCUUAAGCAUUCAUUGCAUCAACAUGUGCGAGAUAAAAAUAUGCAAUUCUGACUUUUUCUGGCAAUUCAGACUUUUUUUUCUCAGAACUGAGAUAUAAACUUGCAGCUUCAAGUUAUAAAGUCCAGUUCUCCAUUUUCAGAUUUGCGAGUUUAUAUGUUACAAUUCUGAUAUAACUUACAAAUGCAUGUUAUAAAGUCAGAAUUGUGAGAUUCUUGCAAUUCUGAGAAUUUUUUUUUUUUUUUUCGGAAUUGUAAGCUUGCUUAUAUCACACAAGUUUACAUCUCACAGUUCUGACUUUGAAACUCGCAAUUGCAAGCUUAUAUCUAAAUUCUGAUUUUAAAAAGUCAGAAUGCAAGAUGUAAACUCACAAUUGUGAUAAAAGUCUGAAUUUUUUUGUUCUGUGGUGGAAACAAACUUCUAUAGAAUGGAAUGGAAUGGAUUUAAAUGGAAUGCUUACAAGUUAAAAAGCUCGUAAAAUGAUCAUACAAAAAUUGGUUGCAACUAACCUGAUAAACUUUUGCUAUUUUAAUCUCAAGCACUCAGUACAUCAACAUUUAUGGACAUGGCUUUGUUUCCAAGUGGUUAAAGUGUUUAAAUCGCAAUAAAACCAGUGAAUCGGGUUCAAUUUGACAACCAUGGGAAAGAGUUUUCUGUGCAUAAUGCAUUAGUGAGUGAGCAUGUGCAUCAACAAAUUUGCACGAAAGUCAAAUGCUGGCCUGUGUUUUAAGCGUUGCCACUAGGGAAGAUAUUAAUCAAUGGGAAUUGGUCUAACACAGCACAUCACAUCAAAAGCAGACGCUCCUGCCAAGCAGUGUGCGGAUCGCCGUGCCAAGAUCAGCUUCACGUCGGCCGCUUGAUCAACUCAGAUUGAUGCACAGCGCUCAUCUCAUUUGUGCAGAAUCAAGCUGCCGCAUGUGCGCUAUGUACUGACCUACAACUGAGCGUUAAAUCCAGCGUUAAAUUAAUUAAUGUGAGUUCACAUCCAUCAAUAUUUUCUCUGCAUCCAUCACCCUUAAUAUUUAUCUAACCUAAAGGCUUGUUUUUGUUUGUAAUUUUGUUCUGCACAGAACUCCCAUGAGCACUUUGACUCACGGUCAAACGCGGUUCCUUGAAUGCUAAACAACUUUUACUUUUUGUUGCUCCAUGCAUGGUCAAUUUAGUAUUACAUGCAACAAGCAGCAGAUGUGAACCCUAAAAUGGCUGUGAAUGUGCUAGUUUGUUCAAACAGGUAUUUUCUCUUUCUCACUCCACCUCUGUGAACCUCCAGGCAUCUGUUGCCUGACCAUCAGAGUAUGCGUAUAAUUGGACCCGUAGAGUAUUGCACAUCUCGAGACCUCAGCGUUCAUCAGGAGUGGUCAAGGGCGUGCGCUGCUUUCCAUUCAUUAAAAAGCACCUUUCGCUCCAACAUGCACCAGAUUUUAUUGCAGCUACACUUUGGAGGUAAAGGAGAAGCGGCGAGGUAUAACAAUUACCUGUUUCACACGAGGUUAGUGCAUUUGCAUCAAAACUGCACCGCGGGCCUCGGCUGGCACACGCUCCACUGUGUGUCGCUCCAGGAAAUACAGCACAACCUUGGACAGAACGAGCAGCUUUGUUUUCUCUCUGCACAGCUCUCCUCUGGGCUUUUUGUUUCACUUCUUAGUGUUUUUACACUGCAAACUGCAUAAUUGAAGCAGAGUUCUUAGAUUAUCAUUGAUCAACUGGUAAAUGGUAAAUGAGCAUGUGAAAUUGUAUUUUCCAAGGUUUCAAGAUUUUAGUAAAACCUUGACCUAAUUCAAUCAAAUGUAUUUAUUUCCUAAUUUCCUAUUGCUUUGUAUUUUUUUAGAAAGUAUUGUGACUUGAACGACACGUCCAGUUGUAAAUAAAUUACCUCGGAUGUCACUCG